AUGUCUGCCAUCUUCGCUUUCGCCAAAGCAACCGUCCCCGCCGUUGCCACGGCCAUCGCUCCUUUUGCGGCCGUCUACUACUGGCCCAAGAAGUCGGAAGUCUUCUACUAUACACCCAAGAACUCGACGACUCCUCUCUUCAGUCUACCCCGACCUAAUAUCGCUCCCUUUCAACCUCCCACUCCGACGUCGGUCAUCGUCGCCAUGAGCUCCUUACUCAACCCCAUUCACAGCGCGAAGCAGAAAUGCCGCCCAAAGCACCAAGUUCUUGUCCUGAAAUGUUAUCCCAAAUACCAGAAGAAUGUCCAGGAGGUCAAGCCCAUGUCCUCCGAACUCAGCUAUCUUCUCUACUAUGCAUCCACCCGGCGGAACAAGCUGCAGAAGGUCGGCGCAUUUUUGGAGAAGAAGAACGCCGGUGAUGUCUGGAAAGGAAGGCUCGGCAAUGUCCAGGUCACCCUCCAGAUCCUCGCUGCAAUCAUCGAGAAAGCACCCCGUGACCUGUCUCUCUACUCCAAAUCCGUCCUCACCAUACUCGAUUCUGUCCUCCGUUCCAAGGACGUGAACAUGGUGGAAGACUCUAUUCCUACAUUCGAGGCCUUCUGCAAAUACGUCGAGGUUGCCUCUCUCACCGCCGACCAGCAGCGUGCUCAGCAGUACAUCUCCCUCGUCCAGCACUACGCUGGAUUUGCCAUGAAAACAAAACCGACGGAUAAGAAACAAAACGACCCCAUCCCACUCUCUCUUAGAUGGCGGAAAAUUGGUCUUCGGGCCAUUCGGGCUGUCGUAGCCUCCGAUGUUCUGUCUGUGGAUUCUAGCCGACAACUCAACCUGGUCAUGCCGGUGAUUCUGGAGAACAUGUCGCUGGAAGAAGAGAAUAUCCUCUCAACAUUACAGCAGCGGGCAAAAACAAGCGAGAGGAUGGACGACGAAUCCGCCAGGAGGAGACGCAUGAGUAUCGCGACUGUCACAACCGUCGACACUAUCGAUGGAGAUCCUGCUGCUGCGGUCGAGACCACCGCCGGUGCGGACAAGGUUGCCGAAGAGGAGGUGAGAGCUUUAGCGUUAAGGUGCCUGAAACAAAUAUUCUCUGUUGGCAUCGGAAGUACAAGGGGUCAAACUAGGUUGGCAACAGCUUUGACUCUAAAAUUCAUUGCUUCGAAGAAUCCGCCCAAGGUUACGCCGGAAACAUCAAGGACUGGCAACUGGGCGACAUCUCUGUUCGAAGCCAUUGCGCGGUGGACACCCGUACAGGACCGUUUUAUCAUUGUUGUUACCGCCAUGGAAACACUGGUUAGAAGUCCCAUGGCGGAAGGAGUUCUGGAAAAACAGCUAGUCCUCACCACCAUGAUCGAUUGGCUUCUCAGUUCGCCCGUCAAUCUCAUUGGAUUGAGCGUCAUGGAUGUUCUACUUGGCUUCAUCCAGCACAUGCUAGUCCUCCUCCAACUCGGGGGACCAAAUGCUCGCAUCACGCAGCCACAUCGAGAGGAUACUCUCGGGUUCUAUCGAGUAACCAAGGAGGCAUUCGAUCCAGCUUCGGUCUUGACAGAGAACAAGAUGUCCCGGACGUUGUCCAAAGAGCUGACAGCAUCACCCGUCCGGCAAGAAUUGCUUGAGAGGCUACAGAAAUGUAUCGCCUCUCUUUCCAACCACAUCUACUACACCGACCAGAUCAGCGACAUGCUCACAGCAAUUCUAGCGCGGCUCAAACCAUCACCACAGUCCGAAGUCCCCACUUCGGCAGCUGCUAUUAAUGACCCAGCUGCCGCCACGAAAGCAAUUGCAGAGUCUGCAAACAUACAAGAAGACACCUCCACCUCCACCUUCUUCUCAUUUGCAACUGCACGAGUCACUGCUUGCCGAGUCAUCAGAGAAAUCCUGGUUCGCGCUAAUAGCAGACGAAGCAUCGGAGGAGCCCCAAUUGAAGCACGUGCACGGGUCGGGGUGCAAGUGUGGGAGGGCACCCAGUGGCUCCUCAAAGACGAAGAUCAUGAAGUGAGGUUUGCGUAUGUGGACGCGCUGUUGGCGUGGCUGAAGCUUGAGACCAACAAGAGUGACAUGCUUUUACCCCGAGAUGGCAAUCGAAAGCAGACACAGUCCAAGAAACUUCAGGGCGAGAACGGUGUGGCGAAACGGGCCGUCUCCAACGCAUCCCGCAAAGAAAGCAAACCUACAAGAUCCAAUUUUCUCGCUCUACUCCAUCUCGCUGUCUAUGACAGCAUUCUUGACGAUGUCGAGAAUGAAAUCAAUCUUCUUCUCCUCUACCUUCUCCUCACCAAAUUGGUCGAACGUCUUGGUGUCAAUGCGGUCCGCAGCGGGUUGCCAAUGAUACUCAGACUUCAGGAAACAGCCCUUAAUGGAGAGGUUGUCUCCACCUCGGGAAGAGUCAACGUCGGGAGUUUUGUGCAUGGCUACCUGUGGACAAUCGCGGAAAGUUUCGACUUUGAGACGAGUCCAACAGGUCAUGAGAUCAAUGCAGAGAUUUCUCGAAGAAAACGUUUUGGGAUCUGGCUCGAGAGGAUCAAAUUCCCAGCCUGGUCCAUCGAAGACAUCAAACAACUUCGGAGGGAGACUGAAAAAGCCCCAAGCUAUAAUGAAGAAGCCGUGGAAACCAUCAAGCCGUUCUUGUCAGUCUCAAAUAUUGUGGAGGAGAUUGCGAGUGCAUAUGACAACGCUUUGUUGACGCCCCCGACUUCGGCUCCAUCGUCACCCGGGAGGGUCUUCUCUGUCCCGACCCUCGGAUUUGGUUAUGGUUACGGAGCCGCUCCCCCGCCAAAAGCCUCGAGGGAGGAUCAACUCCCCCAGAAAGUUAAAGACGAGAUGGCUGCAGGAUGGAGCAGAGAAGCAUGCAUUGCUGCGGUCGAAAAGGAGAGCGCCGGAUCUAUGACGGGCUCAAGGACCGGAGCAUCUUCCAUACCCAACCACCACCUCGGUGUCAACGGUGCUGCUCGCCCUCUGGGUUCUGUGAAUGGAAAAGAGUCUACGGCAACGGUAAACGGUACCACAACGCCAACUUACGGUCUUAUGGGCGGAUUAGGAAGCCUCACUCAAGUCCGACGAGCGAGCGCCACCGGCUCUCCUGCAAGGGUUCCGACUACCUCGAGCAGAGAAUCAACAAUCAGAGUCACUGAUUUGAAGCGAGCUCUAUCCGGCUAUGGCGUUACUGGAAGGCGACAGAGCCCGCUACGGAGACCACAGACAAGUUCUCGGAGAAGUGCAGGGAGCAGCGGAAGUAGCAGCAUGCUUAGUUGGGAUGAUGCCGACGACCGUAACCCGUCCUUCCUCGACGUAGCGGCCACUGGCAACCCAACCGAACAGAGUCUAGAGAGCAGUCCACCCAGGCCGCAGACGUCCUCCAGCACCGCACAAACGAGAGAUUCCACGUACCAUGAUCAAACAACCCUGCCGAAUGUCACAGUAGAUCCUCGUACGGAUGCGGAUGUUCCGCCAGUACCAAAGAUCCCGUCAACGCUCAAUCUUCCUGGUACAUGGCCCCGCGAUGCUUCACCAGCGCGACCCACGGACGCUGCAGCGGAUACCCCUGUCGCGGGCGUUCCUGAAAGUCCCCAGUCACGAAAACCCACAGGCAAGGUGUAUUCGCAGUCGCCAGGGCGAGAAAAGCAAAGUAUGCGAAAGACAUCACGGCCAACAAGCCGUAAGGGUGCGACACCACUCUCUUCAUCCCCGAACGAAAAGUUCGAUUUGGGAUCACUGUUGGCUGCCAUUCCCGUUCCAGUUGCAGAGGCAGUAGGGGACAUGCAGAAGGAAACCCGACCCGGCAGGCUCAUCCGGCCGCCUUAUUGA